CCUGAGUUAAAUAAAAAAAUGCACGCAGUUGUAUAUAAUAAUAUGAUUUUGCAUUAAAAAUGUAAUUAAUAUAAAAUUUUAGUAUUAAAUCAAUUUUAGAGUUGCGGUUUUAAAAACAGAUUUUAUUUGGAUGAAUGAUUGAAAAUUGCUGACAUGGAUGUGCCCAACCACAUAAUAUUGUGUUAAUACAACAAAUAGCUGAUUUUGGCGCAGAGACGAGGUGAAAGUUCAAAUACGCUGGACGUGCUACUCUUGCCGACGUAUUACCUAAUAUAUAAUGGUCUGUCUCUGUGGUAUUGCUGUAAAGGUGUAUUAUAGGAGCCUUCGAGUUAGUAUGCAUACGAUGUCUUUAGAGGUGUUUUCGCGUUGCGCCCACUCCGCUGUCUUAUAGAAAAUUCAGAUAUUAUUUUUAUGCGUUCCAUUUUGCUAGCAUGUUCAACUAACAAUGAAAACCAGACAUGGUUAGCGAGUGGUGGACGCUGAUGGUGUUGAUGUUGUCUGUAGCCUACGGACACGCGCCUUGUCAACACUCAUACGGCGGGUGUAGAUACAACGAGCCCUUCGUUCCCGCGCCUGUCGGCCAAGUCCCCAGGUGCGUUCGGAAUUAUCACGGUGACGUCACAUUUUGUGAAACUAUCGACAGAUAUCCAGAACAGUUGAUAAGUUACCUGGUUACAAAAUCGGACAAGAACUUUAAAUCUUUUUUUAACGAAGAAAAACUUUUCGACAGACCUUAUUAUCAAAAUCAGAAUAAUAAUAACUAUAAUAACGGUUAUGGCGAUUACCACGAUUAUCAAAACGAUACUAAAGACGAAUUUGUUGGCUAUCCAGAUAGAACGUAUGAUUUACCUCAGGUGUCCUUAACAGAGUCUCCGAUCAUUGACCAAAAUCGACAUUUAAAUAUCAAUACCAAUCACGGAGGUGUAUAUAAUAGAAGAAAAAGACAAGACGAUGUUCAAUUAUGCCAAGUUAAAAAAAACAACAUAUUUCCUAAAGCAGCAUUAAACAUUCAAGGUGAAUGGAAAUAUGUAGUUAAUAUGGUACGCACCCCGUCCGAUAUGUAUACACAAUCCAUAAGGUCGGAAAUCUGCGCAGAGCCGGAUCAGCCGUGCAACGGAAUUUGUGACACACCUCUUGGUUUUAGUACGUCGUGUAAACAGAAAUUCGUCCAAAAACGGUUGGUAGCAUUGCAAGGGACCGGAGAUAAUUUGUACGUGGACGUUUUUUGGUUUCCACAUUGCUGCUCUUGUAACAUAGCCAGGGUUGAACAAUAGUAAUAAAAAAAAAUAUACCUAUAAUUUAUGUUUUGCAACUGGCGUUUUUCUUCUAGGAAAACACCUCAACAAAAAUGUAAUUUCCUUUACUGCAUUAAGUAGGUAUACUUAAUAACAUGUAGAAUAUAAUAUAAUAUAUAUAAGUAUAAAAUA